AUGGGCGAAGACUGGGUAGGGCCCUGCCGCCAAGCACACCGCGCUGUCCCUCCUGCCUGCCCUGGGCCUGCGCCAGCUCCUCUGCUGCCCCUUGACAACUCCCCUGGGGAGAUUUUCUCCUGGAUCCAGUUGGAUGGAGCGGCUUGGAGGGGAGGGAGGGAGGCGGGGCUGUUCUGUGGAGAAUGCCGGGAGGGGCAGCUCUCUGAGGCAGGAUGUGGCCAGGGACAGAGGCAGGCCGCGCCGAAGCGGAACAGCACGUGCAAGGGUCCUGAGGCAGCGCCGGUCCUGGGCAGUUUCAGUGACCUCCCCAAGACAUUCGUGUUUGUCAGGACCCCGGGGAGAGAAAGCACUCUGGGCGACUUUUAUCACAGUGGCCUUGGCAGUAUAGACCCAUACUACUGGAAAGACUGGCAGAUUCUAGCCUGGAGCAGACGCCCCUGCUGUUCCUCCUGUUGUUCUCAGCCUGCAGGUGGCAUCACCCCCAAGGAUGCAGAGCAAAGAGGAUCAUCGGCAAGAAAGCGGAAAGACGAGAUGUACGGAGUGGGCCUGGAGCUAGCCAGAGCCGCCCCGCCAUCCUCUGCACCCUGUGACUCUCCAAGGGCCCAGUCACCUCCGGCCUCUGUCUCCCAUAGCCCCAGCUCCAGGGUGUCAGGAAGCGGGAGCUGCCCUCCCUGAGACAGGGAAGGGCCCGGUCACUUCAGCCAUGUCGCGUUCCCUCCGCCAUCAGCCCGGACAUUCGGUCUUGCGGUUGUUGGGCAGCGGAGUCCCACGUUCCUGGGAGCCCAGCCCACCCAGGACAGCAGAGGUGCCCAUCCCUGGGUGGUGGGGUCUGUGCCUUGGGGUGGCAAGGUUUCGGAGGGAGAGGGUGAGCCCAGGGCUGCCACCUUUCCAGCUGGCCCCUCCUCUUGGCCCCUGGCCUCUGUCCGGACCUAUCCUCAGGCACAGAGCUGGCCCGGGCAGCCUCUCCCUCCUCAGGCCUGAACUCCCCCACACUGCCUGCUGUCACCAUGGCCAUCUGCUGCCUCCUGAGAGCCCCUAGAGGAAGGCGAGCACUGGCACUGGGAUGGGGAGGACCCAGUCCGAGUCCCGUGGCCUGGGCGGCUGGACAGCAGCGCGGCCCUGCACACAGGGCCAGGCCUUGCUCAUGACCUCAGGGUGGCACCCGGCCUGGCCCAGGGUGAGCCAGGUUCCCUCCGCCUUUAGGCUCCCUGGGGCCCUCAGGCCAGGCCUUGCCCCCCGGGGAUGGUGUUGCAUUUGGGGACAAUGCGGCCCUGCCUCCCUGUCUUCCUUCCUUUAUUUGAAAUUGUG